AUUAGUAAUCGUCUUCGUGUCGUGUUCAAGAUUUCGGAUAGUUGUUGACUUUUUGACUGACUUUAAAUUUAUAUUUUGUGUUAGGUUGUUAUAAUGAACAAAAGCUGCAUAAUCAUGAAAUUUGAAACGUUUUUGAUUAUUAACUGGUUAAACUAUCUGUUGACGGUGAUACUAGUAUCACGACUUUUUGUAUUAUAUAUUAUAUUAUGAUUCAUCACGAUUAAUAAAUCCAGUUUGUUUGAAAAUUCGAAGUAACACUACAAUUCGACUGUAAUCAAUUCAACAUAAUCUUUUUAAAAUGUAAUUGUUGCUAUACACAUAUAUCGGUUUUACGCCACAUUAGCUUCUUCAUUUUGAUUUGUAGAGGAGUGAUUUUAGUUUCAGUCCUUUAUAAUUUUUGAACCAGCUAGUUGUAAAUAUACGUUUUUGUUUGCCCAUAAUCUCCUUAAUGAUCCCUGCGCAGGGGUCGCAGAGAUCUAUGGAUUUUGCAGAUGUCAGCCGCUUCUCCAAAGUCCCACGAUGGUGCCAAUCUAAGAUAAAGAUGGAAUCUCCCUUUAGGGAACUUGACUCAUGUUUGGGAAGAAACAAUGCGAUGAAUUCAGUCGUGAAAAUUGCUCCAAUUUAUUCUGCAGAAUUAACUGGCAUCUGCGAACCUCCAUCGUUGCAAAAGGACACAUUACAAGCUGUAUGGAAAGCAAAGUCUCGAAGGCAAGAAGUUGAUGAUCGGUUGAAGGAAACUGUAGCGCAUGCAGACUUUCUGAAACAGCAACUGAAGCAAGUGAAGGAGGAGAUUGAGAAAAUAUCCAGACAGCUUGAAUCUCCAGACUUAUUCUUAGAAUUUGAAGUAGACGAUCCAGCCGAGUUUUUGGCGAAAAAUAACCUUGAACUACAACAACUACUUUUAAAGUGUGUUGGCGAAGAAGAGAAUUUAGCAGUGGAGUUGGAAAAUGCACAUCGACAAGUUUGGGAGGCAAGAGUUGCAGAUAAUUUGCUGGCAGUGGACGUUGAACGCACGUUAACUCCUGCCAUUCAGGCAUACGAUAAAAGGAAAGAAUUUAUGGUACAAAAGAGGGCGUUUCGAGAAAAGCUCGCAACACAAAAUGCUUCACGGUUGCAAUCAAAAUUUUUUCAUACUGCAAUGAAAGCCGUGGUAGAGUCAGAUGCAGCCAAGAUGAAAAGGAAAGCUCAAAUAACACAGAAAUUACAGGGAGCGAAAGAAGGACGGAAGCGAAUUGAGCAUCAUCUCAAGAGGACUAUGCAAACUCUAAAAGACCAAAAGUUGCUUCAAGUUUGUGAUCUGCAAUUGAAACAGGAUCGGCAACACAUGUUACUUUCUAAUCUCAAAAAAGAAAUUGAUGAACAACGAGAUGCACUGGAAGUAAAAAAUCAGGCACGGAAAAAACGACUACAAAACAUUGCAGAAGAGAAAGAUAGGAUUCGACAAGAAUUUUUUAAACACGGAAAAAAUCCAUACUUUGUAGAACAUCUGCUCGUCAUUGUAGACCGUCGUGCAGAACUCCACCGGAAAAUAUUGCAGAAAGAAACCGAAAGACUUGUUCAACUACAGAAAGUUUAUGAAAUUACAGAAAAAGCUAAAAAAGCAGAAGAAUUGAAUAGACAGAAAUGGGACAAAUUCUGGGCUAAACAGCUUUCUGAAAAGAAACGCAAAAAUGGGCUGAAAGAAGCUGCGUUACUUCACAAUGAGGAUGACAAAAAUAAAUCUGAAGUCAAUUACAAAGUCAAGAAUGUCAAUUCUGAUGGUAAUCUCACUACCAGCGAGGUCCCUUCAACCACACCAAUUAUUGUGCCCCCUCAUGUAGAUGCCGCACCGCAUGAAAAGCACAUCAAACAACAUGAUGCAAAAGUCAGUACCUCUCGCAAAGAAUCCGGUUUACAAAGAACGGAUUCCGCUACAUCAAUCGACCAUGAAAAAAAUUCUUCUCAUUUUCGUAAACCAAGGGGGAGUGUGGGUGCAAUAAAAACAAUUGACGGGAUUCAUCAACUUUUAAAAUCUGAGACACAAUAAUAAAAAUAGUUGUCAACAAUAAUUGUUGUUUUAUUCAAAACUCUCCGUUCAGAUUUCAAGUUAUAAACGAGGAUCCAUACACAUAAUUAGAGAAAUAACUAACAGCGUUAAUCUUUAAAUGUUUAUAACCUUCUUAUAAUCACUUGUUCUGAAGAUUACAU